GAUGUAGGCGGAGCCUUGAACGACACGCUCCGGUCAACGCUUCGAGUUACAACCGCUCUACGCUUCGCAGAGCUUACAAGCUCGCACGCCCGCGGCGCGAACUUACCGCGAUUCGGUUCUUAAAUCCUUGUGAUUCUUUCGUGCCAGUGUCACGGUUAUUAUUAUAAUUUUUUUUAAAUAAUUAAUUUGAAUAAUCGGAUAUUGAUUGUCUUUUUUUAAAGUACUGUAAGUGUUUAUGUUUAAAACUUUUUCGAGUUUCGUAAAAUGAAGAGAGUUUUCGCUAAUACAUCAGCUGAUAAUUGAAAAAUUCGCAAAUCAAUCAAUAUCGAUCUGCGACCGGACAGAAUGCCGCAUACAGGUCAAGCGGGCGUGAACCAGCUGGGCGGGGUCUUUGUCAACGGUCGCCCACUGCCUGACGUGGUCCGCAAGAGGAUCGUGGAGCUGGCAAUCAUGGGAGUCCGGCCUUGCGACAUCAGCAGGCAGCUGCUUGUGUCCCACGGCUGUGUGUCCAAGAUCCUGACGAGGUUCUACGAGACUGGAUCUAUUAGACCUGGUUCUAUUGGCGGGAGUAAGACUAAGCAAGUCGCGACCCCAACAGUGGUGAAGAAGAUUCUCAGACUGAAACAAGAGAACCCUGGCAUGUUCGCGUGGGAGAUCCGCGAGAGGCUGCUCAGUGCGAGAGUGUGCGAGCCCCACUCCAUACCUUCGGUGUCUUCAGUGAACAGGAUCUUGAGGAACAGCGGACUAGCUUGGAGCGACGAAGAACAAAGGAGUGGUGGUGAGCAUUACCCGCCACCGGAGCUGCCUUCAAACGUCAUAGACUACAUGUCACUGAAGUCCUCCCUGCCCCCCACUCCGGUGCCGCAAUCACCCUCCUACUUCGCCCACACAGCAGUCAGGGUACCUCCUCCGCAAGACCCAGCACUAUACGACCGGCGAAUCACAACUUCCUGGAUUUUGGCCAACCAGGUCCAAGCCCAAGGCCUCCUCAAGCCAUACCCAAUAUCCCCCUGGCAAAGAAUCAUGAUGCCAUAUCACGACGCCAAAAAUUUUUCCCCAUACGCUCUGAAUCUCCACAAUGAUCUUCUAAGCAGAAUAAACUCAGACGAAGUCAAAUCGGAAAAUUCUGAACAUAUAUCCGUCGAAGCGAGCGAUGAUAGCACAGACAGACCUGAUACAGAUGAAAGGAAAACACCGAAUGAGAAAAAGAAAAACCCAUAUUCAAUAGAAGAACUAUUAAAGAAACCGGAAAAAAUUCGAUCACAGCCGAUAGCGUUUCAAAAUUUCCUGCGCCAACCCAGUGGCAGUAUGGUUGAAUUCCAAAGCCAAGAAAAAAAUUCAAGUGACAGAUCAUCUCCCGCCAGUUUUUGUUCAGUACAAAGCGGGGUUUCAAAUGAUUGCUUCUCCGAUUCCGUUACGUCAGAAAUUAAGGCGGGAAAUUGAGUCUAUGAAAAAAAAAAAUACAGCCUAUUUUAUUAUUGGGCAGCCAUUUUGAAUUGUCCAUUGCUUAAGUUGUAAAUAAAGUGAAAAUUAUAAGUCAAAACAAAUUUACAAAAUAUUUGUAGA